AUUACUAACCAACUUCACUUGCGUUGACGCAUCUUCGGGUUGCUUCGGAUGCCUGCUGUCGAUGUUGGCAUUUUUAUAAAAUAUAUAAACGUAAUUAAUUAAUGAUUACAAAAUGCCGAAUUCCUGUUGUUUCUUCCAAUUUAAAUAUCUUAUUGUUACUAUUUUAUCGGUAUUCUUGACACAUCGUGCUAAUGGAGAGGCAAUUAAACUUACCAGUAACAAUUUCGAUGAGUUAAUGAAGAAUGAAUUAGUAUUUAUAAAUUUUUAUGCUGAGUGGUGUCGAUUUAGUAAUAUAUUAGCUCCAAUAUUUGAUGAAGCAGCUGAUAAAUUAAAGGAUCACAUACCAAAAGAUGCGAGUGUGGUGAUGGGAAAAGUAGACUGUGAUAAAGAGUCUUCCAUAGCGUCGAAGUUUCAAAUAACCAAGUACCCAACGUUGAAAAUAAUCAAAAAUGGUCAGCCGGCCAAGCGCGAAUAUCGCGGUCAGCGAUCAGUCGAAGCAUUUAUCGAAUUUAUAAAAAAACAGUUGGAAGAUCCUAUUAAAGAAUUUAAAGAUCUCAAAGAAUUAACAGAAUUAGAUGAUAAGAAACGUAUGAUUAUCGGUUAUUUUGAUAGAAAAGAUGUUGCUGAGUACGAUAUUUUCCGUAGAGUUGCUACUAAUUUGAAAGACGAUUGUCAAUUUCAUGUCGGCUUUGGCGAUUCGAGUCGUGCUAUGCACCCGCCAAACCAACCAAUUAUUGUAUUUAGGCCCGAUAAGGCAUUAUCUAAUGACGAGGACGAAACUUACAAAGGAAGUUUGUUAGUUUUUGAUGAAUUAAACAUUUGGGCACAAGAAAAAUGUAUACCACUUGUACGUGAGAUAACAUUUGAAAAUGCCGAAGAAUUAACGGAAGAAGGAUUACCAUUCCUUAUAUUAUUCCACGCACCUGAUGAUGUGGAUAGUGUUAAAAAAUUCAAAGCUAUUGUUGCAUCGACGUUGACUGAUGAAAAACAAAAUGUAAACUUUUUAACGGCCGAUGGCUUCAAAUUUGCACACCCACUCCAUCAUUUAGGAAAAAGUCCAUCAGAUUUACCAUUGAUAGCAAUCGAUAGUUUCCGGCAUAUGUAUUUGUUUUCACAUUUCAAUGACAUUGACAAGCCAGGAAAAUUGAAACAAUUUUUACGUGAUCUGUAUUCGGGUAAAUUACAUCGUGAAUAUCAUUAUGGUCCCGAUCCAAGUAAUGAACUCUCUGAUGACCCAAAGGCACCUACAGUACCACCAGAGUCUACAUUUAAGAAGCUUGCACCCAGCAAAAACAGAUAUACAUUACUUAGAGAUGAACUAUAAAAACAGUCAUGUGAAUUAAUACUACAAAAAUUAAAAAAAAAAAAAAAAAAAAAAACAGCUCAAAGUGGUGAGUUUAUAAUUCCCUGACUUUUUAUUAUUUUAUUUAUUACAUUAUGAUAAAAUCGGCAUGACUUAUAAUUUUAUCUAUUGUAAAAUAUUAAACAAUAAUUUUUCGUAAUUACUUUACGUAUUAAAUUUAUAUAAAAUAAAACUUAACAAUCACUAAAUAAUUGAAUAGCAAAUAAGUUUAAUCUUAUCGAGGUGCAAUUGAUAAGAUUUAAUAAUAAUGAAUUAAUUAAUUAACUGAAUAUUUAAGUAAUAAAUAUGUUAAUGAUACUUAUUAUUUACUUAUGGUUUAUAGAUAAUUGAAAAUAUAUUUCUUUUUUUUUUCAUUAUUGGGACAGAAUUUAAUAUUAUUGAGUAAUUUGUUGCUUAAUCAAAUGAAUCAGGGAUAUUUAAACGGAGUACAAUUUAAAAAAGUACAGAAAUAAGUUAAAUAUUGAUUAUUUCUGAAUGUAAUUAGAAAUAAAAAUAUUAAAUAUAAUUGUUUAGGUUGCUCCGUAAAUUUAUUACUAUAUUAAUUAUUUCUUAUUGAAUUUCAUUUAGAGAACCUCUGACUUAUCAAUUCAAAAAACUACAAUCAAUUUAGAGGCAAUAAUAAUAAUAAUAAUCUCGAAAUUUAUUUUUAUUAUUUAUCUUUUCCGAGGGAUUAGACCUACAACAAAUAGUUUUGUACAAUCAUAAAAACAGAAGUUGAUGUUAUAAAUGUAAAUAUGCACACAUGUUUCAUAUUUGAUUAAAAUUAAUUUGACGAUUUUUUUAAUGAUACAAGUGUAUAGUGAAUACGUGCGUAAUUUUAUAUAUGAUGGAUGAAAUUAAACACUGCGAGAAAAACGAUUUAUUGUCGUGAUGAAUUUUCUUUUUUUAUAUCAUAUAAAUUGAUAAAUAUUAUUAUUUUACUUGCUAGUACAUUAAAUAAAUUAUAUGCAAGCUAUUAAAAAAAUUAUUAUGAUAAUGUUCUGCUAUUUGUAUAGACGAUGGUAUUAAUUUUAUUGUUAAUAAAAACCUGUCUAAGUCA